AUGAGAUCCAAAUAUUUAUCACAAGAAGCCGCACAUACACAACAACAGAGUGCAAUAUCACCAACAGAAACCGCGUCACAAAAUCAUGAAAACCGUCUUGAUACCAACACCACAGCUACAACUACAAGUUCGGGUCAUGCUGAUGUGAUAUUAAACAAAAACGAAAAGAAGAAUCAGGCUGAAAAAGCAUCGUCUGGCAACUGCUUCAUGGUGUUUGCAAGGGAUAUCACUAUCUCCUUUGGAGACGUGCCUCGCUAUUGGCAAUGGCCUCGUGUUAAUGAAACAAGUGACACGAUGGUGGAAGUUGCGGAAUUGAGAGAUGUUUGUUGGUUACAAUUGGUUGGGAAAUUUGAGAUGGGCAGGCUAACUCCAGGAAUCAAGUAUGAGGUUGUAUUUGUGGUGAUGAUAAAAGCUUAUAAUUACGGGUGGUACCAACCGAUCAAUAUCAAACUCACUCUACCAGACGGAAGUACACAAAAGCACACAGAAGACUUCAACAAAAAACCGAGAUCUAAGUGGUUUGAGAUCCGAGUCGGGGAGUUUAUAGUUGACGCAAAAAAGGGAGGAUGUGUUGAGUUUACCAUGUAUGAACAUGGUGGGCACUGGAAGAGAGGUUUAGUCGUUAAAGGUGUUUCCAUUCGACCAAAAUUUUAA